AUGCCAGCCCCAGUUGGGCAAACCCGAGGGCCUACAGCUUCACCCCCGCCUACAGCUUCACCCCCACCCGCUCAAUCUGUGAGCAGGGAUCGAGAGAAGAGGGAGAUGGAACGCAAGGAACUCAGGAUCUUAGUUGGCACGAACCUUGUAGUUAAUUGUAAAGAUACUAUUGCUCAGGAGUAUCUGAUGGAGGUUGUUAUCCAGGUAUUCACAGACGAUUUUCAUCUGCGGACGCUAGGCCCCUUCCUAUCAGCCACCGCACAGCUCCACCCCAAGGUGAAAAUCAAACAGAUCGUGAUCGCAUUGAUCAAUCGAUUGGCCGCCUAUGCAGCUCUUGAGGCUGAGAACAAAUCGCCUGAGGAGACUCGCCGUGCUAUGUACCUAGGUCAACAAACCUAUGACCCUGAAGAAAUGGCUGAAGAGCAGGGCUGGCUGGCCCGAAUGGUUCACCUAUCACACAAUGAUGACUUGGAUGUGCAUGCCCAGUUGAGGAGUCCCUCUCGCGCAAUUUGUACACUGAAGUUAGCCCAACGAUACAACUAUCGACAACAUCAUAAAGCAGAUUGGGACACGAAAACCACGGCGCUAUUUAAGUGGAUACACCAGGUGUUAUCAGUGCUCUACAAUCGUGUGGAAUCCUCGGAAAUCUGUCUACGGCUAUGUUUACAAGCGCUCCAAGCAGCCGAUGCGGCAGGGCUGGAAGAGCUGGCUUACGAGUUCGUAGUGCAGGCGUUCACAAUCUACGAGCAAUCAAUCUCAGAGAGUCGGGCCCAGCUUCAAGCGAUCGUCCUGAUUAUCGGCACCCUGCAAGCCUCCCGGGUCUUCGGGCCCGAUCACUAUGACACCUUGAUCACCAAGGCAGCCUUGCAUGGGGCCAAGCUCCUCAAGAGGAGGCACCAAGCUACCGCCGUGGCCCUUGCCAGCCAUCGACUCUGGUGGCAGACCGAGAAACUCGCCCCGGAGUCCGACGCCGGCCCCGAUAAGGAACUCUUGAGAGACGGUAAAAGGGUCCUCGAAUGUCUCCAGAAAUCCCUCAGGAUCACGACUAGCAGUAUCGAUGAACUCACUAGCAUCCAGCUCUACUGUGACACAUUGGACCAGUACAUUUAUUAUUUCGAAAGGCAUAACGAAGCGAGUUUCAUGUUUAGUACUCGAUCCAAGGCGCGGAUGGGGUUCUAA